AUGACCACCAACCCAACGGACCUCAUCACCCCCCAAAGCGCCAUCCUCCAUCGCCACACGCAUUUCAUUCCUAAAAAAGCCGUCGGCGGCAAAGGCAGCUACAUCUUCCUCGAAGACGGCACUAAGUUCCUUGACUCGACCGGCGGCGCAGCCGUCUCGUGUCUAGGCCACGGCCACGAGAAAGUCAGUCAAGCGGUGAUCCAGCAGAUCGAGCAGCUUUCGUACUGCCAUUCUGCGUUCUUCGGGACCGAUGUGGCGGAGGAACUGGCGAGAUUCUUGACUGAGUCGACGGGUGGGAAGUUGUCGAAGUUGUAUGUUGUUAGUUCGGGCUCGGAAGCCGUCGAAGCAGCCCUCAAACUAGCCCGCCAAUACUACCUCGAACUCCCCGUCCCUCAGCCCCAACGCACCCGCUUCAUCGCCCGAUCUCCCUCCUACCACGGCAUCACGCUCGGUGCCCUAGGUGCCGGCGGCCACGUUCUUCGUCGAGAGCCCUUCGAGCCACUUCUCGCGCAGAACACAUCCCACGUCUCGCCGUGCUACGCCUAUAGAGGGAAAUUGGAUGGGGAGUCGGACGUCGAGUAUGUCGAAAGGCUGGCAGCUGAACUAGAUGCUGAGUUCCUGCGCGUCGGACCGCAGAAUGUUUGCGCUUUUAUUGCGGAGACGGUUGUCGGCGCGGCCCUCGGCGCCGUGCCCCCCGUCCCCGGCUACCUCUCCGCCAUGAAACGCAUCUGCAAAAAACACGGCGCCCUGUUCAUCCUCGACGAAGUAAUGUCCGGCAUGGGCCGCACGGGCACGCUCCACGCCUGGGAACCCGAAUCCGUGAUCCCAGACCUCCAAACCAUCGGCAAAGGUCUCGGGGGCGGAUACGUCCCCGUCUCAGGUGUCUUGAUUGGCGACGAGAUCGUACGGACGUUGGAUCGUGGCUCUGGUGCGUUCCGCCACGGUCAGACGUACCAGGGUCAUCCGGUUUCUUGUGCUGCGGCGCUGGCGACGCAGAGAGUUAUUAGGGAGGAGGGGUUGUUGGAGAAUGUUAGGGUUUUGGGGGCUUAUUUGGGAGAGAGGUUAUGGGCGAGGCUUGGGGCGUGUAGGUUUGUGGGGGAUGUUAGAGGGAGGGGUUUGUUUUGGGGGAUUGAAUUUGUCCAAAAUCGCACAACCAAAGAACCCUUCCCGACGUCUGCGAACGUGGCAUUCCGGAUUCAAGAGACGGGACUGGAUCCAGCGUUUUCGAUCUCGUUGUAUGCGGCGUCGGGCACUGUGGAUGGCACGCGUGGUGAUCAUGUUCUUCUGGCGCCGCCCUAUAACGUCACCAGGGAGGAGAUCGAUUUGAUUGUGGAGAGGACGGGGAGGGUAAUUGAAAGUGUUUUUGAGAGAGUGGAGAGGGAGAUGGAGAUGACUACGUCUGGGACUGAUUGA